AUGGCAGCAUACCUAUCUGCCGGCAACUACACAAGUCUGAACCGCGGCAACCCGCUGGCAUUCUACAAUGUCCGCAGAGAGCUGGACCGCGUGAGCGAGGCCAAGCCCACAGAGCUCAAGCCAGAGGAUCGCACACUGCUGCUCGAGGCCAUCUUCGACGACCUCCGGCCAGGAGGCGUUUGGGCCCAAUGGCCUGAACACAUCCAUGUUGCAGCCCUCAAUACGCUCAAAGUGCUGGGACGCAACCCCGUUGGAUCGGGAGAAGUGCUUCUGAAGAACGAGAACCUCGCCACCCUCGUGUAUCACACAGCUCUGCCGUUUCCAGGUCGCGGGAGGAGCACGGUACAGCCUACCUCCAAGCCCGCGCUCGAGGCUCUGCGUGGCCUGGCCAACACCCUCGUUCUGCACCCCAGCACGCGCAACAAGCUGUCCACCAUGGGCGCGGCCGAGGCUAUCGCGCGCGCAGUGGCGGACGACUCGUUGCCCGACCGACUCUUCCUUCUGUGUCGUGUCGGCUUCCUCGUGACUGCCUAUGGCAGCGGGGUACAGAGCAUGGUCGACAAGGAGAACAUUGUCCCGCGCCUCGUUUAUCACCUCCACAACGUCACCCCGGUUCCGGCACACUACGAUACGCUGUCCGAGCUCUUGAAGCUCGUGGGAAACAUCCUGCGAUGGUACCCAGCAAAGGAUGCCAGGUCCACCGAGACUCCAUGGGAUCCUGCACUCAAGGCGCUGCUGUACCCAGUGCUGAACAUUGUCUACACCCUGCCAUUCACAGACCUUAUCGCCCCGUUGACCCACGCCCUUCACGCUCUUUUGUGUAUCCCUUUCAAUGCCGAGCUCCUCCCCACCUGGAACUCGGCCCCAGCGUCCUUGUUCGAUGACGGCAGCAAGAAGAAGAAGGGAUUCUUUGGUCGCAUGAGCCGGUCGUCCAACGACCCCCCGCCAGGGUUGCCGCGGCCUACAUCAUACGAUGACAACCUCGGUACCUUGUCUCCACCCAGUGGUGGUAGCGGUGGCAGCCGGUCGCCAUCGCCGACGCUGUCAACAACGUCAGCGGCGUCCGACGAGAACGGAAAGGCCCUGCUCUCCAGGAUGACCGAUGUCACUGCCUUGCCUCGGCGCCUCAUUGCUAUCCUCGCGGGCUUUGUCAAGGACCGUCUGCAUGGUCGUUCUGAUCCCGACCCAGGUCUCGCUCUCGACAACGUGCUGCCUCCUAUCCUGCUUUUGGCUGUCAACGCCGCCAACGGCAGCAAAGAGAUGCGCGCCUACUUUCACAACGCCCUCUUCCCCGUCGACCUCGACCGUUCGCCAAAGUCCGAGCCCCUCGAGAAGCGUGAGGGGCUCCUGGGAACCCUUCUGCGGCUCAUGAACGGACACGCCCACCUCCAGUGCCGCGAUACUGCCGGCGAGCUCCUCUGGGCCGCCUGCGGUGGUGACGAAUCUGUGCUGUGUGACGAGAUUGGCUAUGGAAAUGCCUCGGGCAUCCUCUUCCGCAAGGGCAUGACCGGCCCUCCUCCCGCUCGUGUCCGCGAGAUUGAGCCAGAGCCAGAACCGAUUGCUGCGCCGACCCCGAGGCAUGCGCCGUCGGGGAGGCCGCCUCCAUCAGCGACGUUUCCGUCGCUUCCACCUUCGACGCUCCCACCCUCGAGGCCACCUCCAAGGGUGCCUUCGCCCAGCAGGGUGCCUUCGCCCAACAGGGUGCCUUCGCCCAACAGGGUGCCCUCGCCGUCCAAGACACCGCCCAUGCAGCCUCCCCCCAUGGCACCGCCGCCGUCCAUCCCACCGCCCCGCAUUCCCUCGCCGGUGCGGUUAUCUGGCUAUUCUCAGCAGUCGUCUGCCUCGCAGGCUCAGCCCCGCGUGUCGACCUACUCUCAGCAGUCUGCUCAGCGCCUCUCCACGCACUCGCAGCCCUCCACAACAAGAAACCGCCACCCCAUCACGGCGCUCGAGCAGCCGGCCGACGACGGCUGGUCGUCGCCGUUCGCAGGCAUGACCGACGAGGAGAAGGACCGCGAGGCCGAAAAGAUGUACGCCCUCUUUGAGCGGUUGGAGCGCAACCCCAUCCUCCAGGCCGGUGCGCCCACAGCCAGCGGCGCGCCCAAGCCCCUGCGCCAAGUCAUGGCCGACAAGGUCGCUGCGGGAGAGGCCGAUGCGUGGGAGCGCCGCGAGGCCGAGCGCGAGAGGCUCGAGGCCGAGCGCGAGGCGGACAUGAUUGAGGAGGAGGCCAUGCGCGAGCUUGCAGCGUACCGCAACCGCAUGGGCAGGCGGUGA